UUGUCAAAGCAAACUCAAUUCCCUUUUAGGCCAUCAAAAAGAUUUCUUUUUAUUACCAUUUUCUGUGAAAGAAAAACUUGUCUCAUCUCCCAUGAUAUUAAGUGUUGAAUUUAUUGCUUAAUAAAUAAAUUUGGAUUUUUCCUGCUGCAAAAGUACUUGAAUCCUCGAAGAGAUGCAUACAAAGGACCAAUGAGAAAGCACAGGCGGUUAGAAGAGAGAUAAGAGUGGAGUAGGAGUCAUUCAGUGAUUCUAGUGGGUUCCUGCUAAAGACCCCACCUCCUCCUCUUCUUUUUUUUUUGUGUUUAUUUUUGGCAAGAACCCCCCCUCACAUAGCCCAGAGGGCUUGAGACAGCUCUUGCUUGUAAGGACAAGGUUUUUGGUUUACUACACAGGGGGAUGAGUUUCGACUUUCAAAGCCCUGUUUGAUAGAACUAAAGCAGACUCCAAAAAGAAAACAAAAAAGGGAAGAAAGAGAUAAAAGAAAAACAGAGUAAUCAAAUCAGGUUAGUUUUCUUCGCAUUGAAGGAGAGAAAGAAGGCUAAGGAAAGCAAGAGAUAGAGACAGCCAUGAAAGGGCCAAAAGUUGGAAACAGUGGAGAGAGAUAUCUGAAGAUAAAGACCCGUCCCUUCUUGUAGAGUAGAAACUAGAUAUACUCUGACAAGAAAGCUAGCUUUGAUUUCCCUCCUUUCCUCUCAGUUGUGCUCUUCUCUGAGUACAACUUCCUUCCUUUCCUACCGCUAGGAUUCAAUACUAAACUGAGAUAUGAUGAGUAGAAUGGUCUAAAAAAGAGAGAGUCUUGCAUGGCUAGCCACAGAGUUGGAGAGACUGGUUUAUCAUCAGUUCCCUCGAAUCACCAUCUCCCUUAUGCACCUGUUCAUGGAAUCAACUCCCCAUCAGCCAAUUUCAUUAAUCAAGAAGGAUCUGCUUUUGAUUUUGGAGAGCUGGAAGAAGCGAUUGUGCUGCAAGGAGUUCAGAUUAGGAAUGAUGAAGCUAAAGCACCUUUAUUUACAGUAGCAGGCAGACGUGCAGCAACACUGGAAAUGUUCCCUUCAUGGCCAAUUAGAUUCCAGCAAACCCCAAGAGUAGGAAGUUCAAAGUCAGGAGGGGAGAGUACUGACUCAGGCUCAGCAACAAACACUCUUUCAAGCAAAGCUGAUGCCCAUCUGGAACCGGAAUCUCCCAUCAGUAAAAAGGCAUCUUCCUCGGAUCAUUACAAUCAGGCUUUUGAUCAGAAGCAUCUACAGUUUCAAGAUCAGCAACAAGUAGAUAUGGCUAAUGAUACAUCAAGAACAGGAGGCCGACCCUCUCAACAGAAUCAAUCACCUGCCAAAACUCCCCAUGAAAAGAGAAAAGUUUCAACAUCAGAGAAACCACUUGAUGCCAAGACAUUGAGACGGUUAGCUCAAAACAGAGAAGCUGCAAGGAAGAGUCGACUGAGGAAAAAGGCAUAUGUCCAACAGCUAGAGACUAGCAGAAUAAAGCUUUCUCAGUUAGAGCAAGAUCUUCAAAGAGCUAGACAGCAGGGUUUGUUCUUGGGUGGCUGUGGUGGUGCUGGUGGCAAUAUCAGCUCUGGACCUGCAAUAUUUGAUAUGGAGUAUGCAAGAUGGCUAGAAGAUGACCACCGGCACAUGUCGGAGCUCCGGACAGGAUUGCAUUCUCAUUUAUCUGAUGGUGAACUACGAGUUAUAGUAGAUGGAUACAUUUCACAUUAUGAUGAAAUCUUCCGGCUCAAGGUAGAGGCGGCUAAAUCUGAUGUGUUUCAUCUCAUUACCGGAAUGUGGUCCACUCCGGCGGAGCGUUGCUUCCUCUGGAUGGGUGGUUUUAGGCCCUCAGAACUCAUCAAGAUGUUAAUAUCCCAACUAGACCCUUUAACAGAACAGCAAAUCAUGGGGAUCUACAACCUUCAACAAUCUUCACAGCAGGCAGAAGAGGCUCUCUCCCAAGGCCUUGAGCAGCUCCAGCAGUCUCUGGUUGACACCAUUGCCGGUGGACCGGUCAUUGGUGGAAUGCAGCAGAUGGCAGUGGCCUUGGGCAAGCUUGCCAAUCUUGAAGGGUUCGUUCGCCAGGCUGAUAAUCUGAGGCAACAAACCCUUCACCAACUCCGCCGGAUUUUGACGGUAAGACAAGUGGCGCGGUGUUUUUUGGUGAUCGGAGAGUAUUAUGGGAGGCUACGGGCACUUAGUUCCCUAUGGGCAUCUCGUCCUAGAGAGACAAUGAUGAGUGAAGAUAACUCAUGCCAAACCACCACUGAUCUUCAAAUGGUGCACCCUUCACAGAAUCAUUUCGCCAACUUUUAAUAUAAAAAAAAACAUGGGAUAGCGAUACAAAAGAGCCAGACAGCUUGCCUUCCUCGGUGACUGAGAACCUGUGCUGCGACAAAUGUUAUGGGCUGUUAGAGUUCGGAUAAGCACUUUAGUGAAGAUAGGAUCGUUUUCUUUUCUUUCCUUUCUCCUUCGCCUUCUUCAUUAUCUUUAUAUCAUCAGUUACUAUGUUAUCUUGUAAAUGUAAAUCAAUUUUAUAUGCAUGAGGAGCUUUCCCGCUUGCUUUAAGAAAGA